GGACUGGCAAGAAUGGGCCAUGGACAUCGAGCUCUGUCUACGCCCGUGCGCGUGCAUGGCAAGCUCGAGCUCGAGCUGCAGCGGGACCUCGGAUUGCACGUAAAAAUUCGCUCGCGGACACGACGAAGGCCUCGGCAGGCAGGGAGGGCAGGGGAAGGGAGAGGAAAGUGAUGGCCGUGUCGGUGAUACCCAGUCCUCAACGAUGGCUGCAACUGUCCGCCGAGAAUUUCGUGGGCAGACCUGCGGGGCUCAGAGCUGGAAUUCCGACUCGGGCCUUGGGAAAUUCGACAGGCGGAAGUUGGUGCACUGGCGGCGGAUCGAGGAGAUUUCCUGGGGGUGCAGAGGUUAAUCGUCGUAGAACGAGGCUGGCGUGUAGUCCAGGCGAUGGGAAGCAGGAGGUUGCGAGUUCAGAUGUCGGAAAGGAGAAGGAGAUAGUGAAACCGACUGUGCAGGAGAGCAAAGGUGUGGUCGAGAAAAUCGAGGAAGAAAUGGGGCGCCAGUUCGGAGGCGUUCUUUGGUUCACCGUGCUUAUCGUUUGCCUCGCCGUCUUCGGCGGAGCUUACGUCUACUACAUUUUCACGUUCGCCAAUUUCGACGACAUUCCCAUUCUCAGGGGUCCCGUAAGAUAACGAUUACGAUGAUGAUGAUGAUAAUGAUAGUGAAAGCUUCCCGCAUGAUGACGACUCAUUUGUAGGUUGGCCCAUCUUCUUUUCCACGACCAGCCUUUUCCACAGCUCGCGGGGCGUUCCAUGGAGAUGUGCACUCGACUGCCAUGUGAUCCAUGCCAAGCAAGAGAAUUCGACCCCUCUCCAGAAAGAUUGUGCAUACUAUGGGCCUCAUGCUGUAGAUAGAAGCCGCUCGGGGCAGAAUCGAGGGUCCGUUUCAGCAUUUUGAGGUUUCGAGCUGCUCCGUGGCCGCACAUAGUCCAAGUAUUUAGCUCAUUUCGGCCUCUGAUGACUUGUGACACUGUCUGGUGGACAUUCAUUCAUUCAUUCAUUCUUCGGCCGUAAUCUGGAAGAGUGAGUGUAACAGCUGUCACAGGCACGGAUGAUUCCCAUCCUGCAAUUGCAAGGUUUUGUUGGCUGUAAUUCAUUUGUACGUCUCCAGUGGCACAAGAACUGGUAG